AUGCAAAUGGGCCUCCACCCCUCUUCUGCAUAUAGCAUCGACGGGUGGAAAGUCAAGAUAGAGCAAUGGCUUCCUCCAGAUGACUUUCACAAUCUGGACCCUGUGGCGAAGAAGGUCAACGUUACUGUCGAUAAUCCUGGUCCACACCUCAAAUCAUGGCUGGACCUGGGCUUGCAAAAUGUAUCCGGCAUUGGAUACUACAGUGCGACGUUCCAAUGGGCAUCGAACUCCACGCAUCCCCUGCACAAAUCUGGUGCAUAUCUGAUUCUUCCUACAAUUUCGCAUGGUAUUGUUGGGUUCAUCAAUGGAAAGAAGCUCCCGCCAUUUGACAUCACCAACCCUCGACUUCAUAUUACUUCCUAUCUCAAGACUAGAAGCUACACGGUUGAUUUGCGAGUGUCGUCAACUCUUUGGAAUGGUAUCAUGCCAUACUGGAAUGACCAUUAUGGAAUCAUUGGGGAUGUUGUCAUCGAGCCAUAUGCACGAUAUACGAUUAUCUAG